ACAAUUUAUAUUGAGUGGCGUUGUGGAGGGAGAGAGAGCUUUGUAUGGGGGAGGUGGUCAGCAACUGCACGCUUUGCUUCCUCUGAUGAACAACCUAACGUUUUUUAGAGGACCUUCUUCUGGAUUGCGUACGUUUUUGCUCUAAAUUACACCGUUUUCUGUUUUUAGGCUCUAGAGUGUGAGAGAGAUAAAGGAAUCUCUCGUAUAUAUUCUCUAUCUCUUUCUCUCUCUCUCUCUUUUAUCUGCCGCUAUUUUCAUUUCUCUGUGCUUCUGUAGUUCUUUUCUAUUACCCAAAUCACCCAUCUCUUGUCGCCUCUUGUGCCCAAAAGCAAAUAGAACCCACUAAGCGUGCCUAGAAAACAAUACAAAAGUCGCUAUUAUAUGUCUCUUUUCCUUGUCUUGAGCCUUUGAGUUGUUAAAACACUUAACCUUGUGGUUUUUCUUUCUCUCGGGUGGGGUUGGUGUAAUUAUUUCCCUGUUCUGAGAGUGAUGUGUUUAAGGAUUUUAUAGGUUGAGGCUUUAAAAGCUGGUGCUUGUGUUGGCAGCUUGAUAUCUUAAGGUUCUGUUUCAAUUUCUUACCUGUUUCUUAUUCUUUUUUAUGUUAAAAAACAUCAUUUGAGGAUGUGGGUCUUCAAGUUCUUGAGUGCUGGUUAAUGGGCUCUUAACGAAAGGUCUCGAACUAGUUUCUAUAUUUCGGUUUCAUUUGCUUCCUUUGCUCAUGAUAUGGUUUUUAAGUUAAGCUUUGUUCAUACAUAGCGUUAGAAACCUCUAGCUUUUGCUUGCUUUCCACAACUCCUGCUUCUUUUUGUUGUUAAAAGUCAAAGAAGAAAGUGAUAUUUAGCUUCUGAUCAAUGGAGGGUUGUUCAAAUAAUGGUGAGGCAUGUCCUCAGUUGCUGGAUUUGAUUCCAAGAGAAAGAGAAUGGCUAGUUAAAAGAGCUGAUGAAAGGUCCUCAGAGGAGAAGAAGCUUGAACUAAGGCUUGGUCCACCUGGUGAAGAAUGGUUUUUUGGCGAGAAUGCUUCCAAAGACGCAAAAAAUAGAGAAAGAGACGAGUCUCCUUUCUCUCUUGGAUACUUCUCCAAUGGAAACCAACAAAUCCACAAGUUUUCUUCACCUGAGAAUCUACAGCCUGGUUCUGUAUGGUUCAAUCAACAACUAUCACAACAAGCAAAGGCCACUGCUUCAUUUCUCCAGUUUCCAUCAAAAACAGUAACAACACCGCAGGGCCUGCCUGCAAUGGCGAAGGAAUCCUCACAGCCCUGUUGCACUAAAGUGGCAGUAGACUUGCAGCAGAGUGCAGAAAAGAAGGCGUUUUCACAGCCAGCUCCUGCAAAUACAGCUGUGCUCAACAGUUCUCAGAAAAGCAGAACUGCUCCUGGUCCAGUUGUGGGAUGGCCUCCAAUUCGUUCAUUCAGGAAAAAUCUUGCAAGCAGCAGCUUUUUAAAACCUGCUAUUGACUCACAAAAUGAAAGCCCAAACAAGAAGGUUGCUAGUGAAAAACCAGUUGAAACUUGCAAAAAAGGAAUGUUUGUGAAGAUCAAUAUGGAUGGUGUCCCCAUUGGAAGGAAGGUAGAUCUCAAAGCUUAUGACAGCUAUGAGAAAUUGUCCACUGCUGUUGAUGAACUCUUCAGAGGCCUCCUUGCAGCUCAAAGAGAUUCCUCUGCUGCUGGUGGAAUCAUGAACGAGCAAGAUGAAGAGAAAGCAAUUACAGGUGUAUUGGAUGGAAGUGGGGAAUAUACUCUUGUUUAUGAAGAUAAUGAAGGAGACAGGAUGCUUGUUGGGGAUGUCCCAUGGCACAUGUUUUUGUCAACGGUGAAGAGGCUUCGUGUGCUGAAGAGCUCUGAAGUUUCUGAGCUAAGCCUUGGAAGCAACAAGCAAAGCAAAGUAGCCAUGAAAUGAGAAGGAUGAAUUUUGCUGUGAAGAUGAUUCUCUUUUGAAGCUUCAAGAGAGAGAAGAGAAGACUUGAAUUUUAUUAUUGUUAUUAGUUUGGCAUUUUGUCUAUCUAUAAUAUCUGUAUGCAACUCUGCAACUCUCACAGUAUAUAUAUCUCUCUAUGCCUAGCUUUUAUA